CAGUCCACCACCACCAUGCCCGCCUCCCUCCUCCCCCCGACCUUCCUCCCCCACCACCGCCAGCGCCAGCGCCUCCGCCUCCCCCUCCCCGUGCCCAGCUGCACCACCUCCUCGGUCUCCGUCUCCGUCUCCGCCGCCGGCCCCGCCACCCGCUACGACUUCGAGCCGCUGCUCGCCUACCUCUCCGACCCCUCCACCGUCGCCUCGCUCACCUCGCCGUCCCCUCCGCCCACCGUGCCAGCCCCCGAGCGCCGCCUCGCCGCGUCCUACUCCGCCGUGCCGUCGCACGAGUGGCACGCUCUGCUGCGGGGCCUCGCCGCCAGCGACGCGUCCCUGCCGCUCGCCUUCGCGCUGCUCCCCUUCCUCCAGCGCCACCGCCUCUGCUUCCCGCUCGACCUGCUCCUCUCCUCGCUCAUCCACUCGCUCUCCGUCUCCGGCCGCCUGCUCCCGCACUCGCUGCUGCUCUCCUUCCCGCCCUCCCUCUCCGACCCGCCCUCCCCGCUGCUGCUCAACUCCCUCCUCGCCGCCUCCGCCGCCGCCUCCCGCCCCGCCAUCGCGCUGCGGCUCCUCGCGCUCAUCCGCGAGCACAACUUCCUCCCGGACCUCGCCUCCUACUCGCACCUCCUCGCCUCGCUGCUCAACACGCGGGACCCGCCGGACGCCGCCAUCCUCGAGCGCCUCCUCGGUGACCUCAGGGAGUCGCGCCUCGAGCCCGACGCGCCGCUCUUCUCCGACCUCAUCUCCGCCUUCGCGCGGGCCGCGCUCCCUGACGCGGCACUCGAGCUCCUCGCCUCCGCGCAGGCCAUCGGGCUCACGCCACGCUCCAAUGCCGUCACCGCGCUCAUCUCCGCGCUCGGCAUCGCCGGUCGCGUGCCGGAGGCUGAAGCACUAUUCUUGGAAUUCUUCCUUGCCGGAGAAAUCAAACCGAGGACACGCGCGUACAACGCGCUGCUCAAAGGGUAUGUCAAAAUUGGGUCGCUCAAGAACGCUGAGCACGUGCUCGAUGAAAUGUCAGAGUGCGGGGUUGCGCCCGAUGAGGCCACUUACAGCUUGCUUGUGGACGCGUACACGAGGGCUGGAAGAUGGGAGAGUGCAAGGAUACUGCUCAAGGAGAUGGAAGCUGAUGGAGUUAAACCGAGCUCCUAUGUGUUCAGCCGGAUCCUUGCGGGGUUCCGUGAUAGGGGGGAUUGGCAGAAGGCAUUUGCAGUGCUACGUGAGAUGCACGCAAGCGGUGUGCAGCCGGAUCGGCAUUUCUACAAUGUCAUGAUAGAUACAUUUGGGAAGUACAAUUGCCUUGGGCACGCCAUGGAUGUGUUUAACCGGAUGCGUGAAGAAGGGAUUGAGCCGGAUGUUGUCACAUGGAACACACUUAUUGAUGCACAUUGUAAGGGAGGGCGGCAUGAUCGCGCCAUGGAGCUGUUUAAGGAGAUGCGUGAAAGUAACUGCCCACCAGGCACGACCACAUAUAACAUCAUGAUCAAUUUGCUUGGUGAACAAGAGCGAUGGGUGGGGGUGGAAACAAUGAUGUCAGAGAUGAAGGAACAGGGCUUGGUUCCCAACAUUAUCACCUACACUACACUUGUGGAUGUGUAUGGGAGGUCUGGUAGGUACAAGGAGGCAAUUGAUUGCAUUGAGGCGAUGAAAGCCGACGGACUAAAGACAUCGCCCACCAUGUACCAUGCCCUUGUCAAUGCAUAUGCCCAAAGGGGUUUAGCAGACCAUGCGUUAAAUGUAGUCAAGGCCAUGAGAGCGGAUGGACUUGAGGCUAGCACGGUAGUGCUCAACUCAUUGAUUAACGCCUUUGGUGAGGAUAGAAGGGUUGUUGAAGCAUUCUCCGUGCUUCAAUUCAUGAAGGAAAAUGAUUUUAAGCCUGACGUUAUUACAUACACAACACUAAUGAAAGCUCUAAUCCGUGUUGAGCAGUUCGACAAGGUUCCAGUCAUCUACGAAGAAAUGAUUACAUCAGGAUGUGCCCCUGACCGCAAAGCUAGAGCAAUGCUGCGUUCAGCUUUAAGAUAUAUGAAACACACGAGGGUUGCAUAGGCAAUUUAGAUACAAGUCACUAAUCACUGAUGAAAGCACAAUGUCUCUGCUGAUCUUGUUAAACUCACAAUGGAAGGUGAAGCUCCAUCUGCCUGACAGAUAGACUCUGCUUUUUAAGCUGAGAUAUAUGCAGUUGUCUUCGUAAUCGUUUAGGAGAAGAAAGGCACAUCUUGGUCAGCCGCCGGAAGGAAGGCUAUGUACCAAAAGGAGAGGGGGACUUGAAUACCUGAUAUAGGAAGCAGAUACAUAAAAUCUUUGUCGGGACCUCAGACAUUCAUAUUGAAAUUUUUGGAACCAAUAUUGGCCCAUAACUCUGAUAGCAGUACAGUGCCGAGAGAUGAAUUGUAACGUGGAAUUACAUUUCCAGGCCAAUUUCAAAUUGUAUUCAGAUGUACAUUUUUGUAGAGUUUGUGUAGGGCAAUAUUAAAAGAUGAAAGGAUGCCAGUUUCAGUGUGUCAAAUUUA